AUGUUGGUCAAACGGAAUACCCUCCGCCAGGUCUCCCUCAUCUUCGCAUGUGGCACAGCCCUCUUCUCAGAUGGAUACGCCAACGGUGUUAUUGGACUUGUGAACACACUCCUUAAGCGCAUCUAUGGCAGUGCUAUGCCGACAUCCUACAGCACGACCUUGACCUCAGUUACUUUCGCGGGUCAGGUCGCCGGCAUGCUGUCUUUCGGGUACCUGGCAGACAGGUUUGGACGCAAAUCUGGGAUG